CGUGGAGAUGCAUUCACCUUAUUGAACCGUAGCUUUAGAAUCAUUUAGCUAUCGGUGCCUGUUAUAUCCCUCUCUCGACCAUUUAGUCCUUGGUUAGGCAUCCAGAUAAACUUACCUACCUAACCUAGGUACUUACCUAGCUCAGUCCUUGCUGUCCGAUGUCAAAACGUUGAUGAUUUCACUUUUUGUGAUCUCGAUAUUAUUACUAAUAUAAACUUCCACGUUCUCUACUGUUUCGCCUAUCCUUGAUAACCCAUCAUGUCAUCAGCCUCGGAGCGACGUGGACCACGUAUGGGAAAUAGGAGAGUUAUCCGCGAGCGCGAUCGCUUACAUGUCGACUUACAGCUCACUACCCCAGGCCUAGAAGCUGACGCGAUAAGUUGUUCGGAGCAGGCCGCCUCGGAAGUCAUCAAGCCCGACCAUCUCCCUGAUUGGAGCAACCUUAAGGUCAUCCAUAGAAACACAUUACCACCCCGUAGUCACUUUCACUUGUAUAAUACCGAGGAGGAUGCCCUUUUGGGCGAUGUCAGCAAUAAGUCUCGCGCAGCCCUGCUUUCCGGUACAUCAUGGGGUUUCCAUCUCUCCCCAAGCCCAUUCAAAGGGCCUCGCGAUUUUCAUAAGCCUGGCUUUGACUAUGAUGGCUGGACCCUUAUCAAGGUCCCGGGAAUGUGGCAAUGCCAGGGUUUUGGAAAAGGUCCUCAGUACACUAACGUAAACUACCCCUUUCCUGUCGACCCACCACAUGUGCCCUACGACGACAACGAGUGCGGUCGUUACGUUCUACAGUUCGAAGUUCCCGACCGCCUCAAAGAUGGUAGCGUGUGGAGGCUUCGGUUUGAAGGCGUAGAUGCCGCUUUCACCGCCUGGGUGAACGGUCGAGAGGUUGGCUAUUCACAAGGCUCGCGAAAUCCUAGCGAGUUCGACGUAUCUGAUUUUCUCAACCUCGAUGGCGAAAACAUACUCUGUGUAGAAGUAUACCAGCGGUGUCAUGGAAGCUACAUUGAGGAUCAAGAUCAAUGGUGGCUGAGUGGAAUAUUUAGAGACGUUUGGCUUCAUUCGUUUCCCUCUGCUCACUUUGAAGACUUCCACGUCCAAACUCUUCUUGACGAUGAUUAUGGAGAUGCAGACCUCAUCAUCGACAUCGAAGUGAACAAGCCGAGUCAGGCGGUGUCCAUGAAACUCCUUGAUCGCGAGAACCAACUGGUCACUAGUCAACAGCAAUCCUUAGACACAAACACUGGAAAGUUCAAAUAUCGCAUGAGUAACCCGGAGAAGUGGACAGCAGAGACGCCAUAUCUUUAUACAUUGAUCCUGCACGUUGCAGGUGUAUAUAUCGUGCAAAAAGUUGGGUUUCGCCGAACGGAGCUCAUCGAUGGCGUGUUUUGCGUCAAUGGAAGUCCUAUCAAGAUACGCGGUGUAAACCGACAUGAACAUCAUGCGGAAUCGGGCAGAACUGUUCCUUACGAAGCAAUGAUACAAGAUUUUGCGACUAUGAGAGCUUUCGGCAUUAACGCAAUCCGAACGUGUCAUUAUAUCAACGACCCGAGAUUCUACGAUGUAGCAGAUACCUUAGGAUUCUGGAUUCUGGACGAAGCUGAUCUGGAAUGUCAUGGAUUUGGUGAAAUUGGUGGUGACCCUGCCAGUUACCUUUCGGACAAUCCUGACUGGAGAGAGGCCUACGUUGAUCGCGCACUCCAAAUGGUAAUGCGUGAUAAGAACCACCCUUGCAUCAUCAUGUGGUCGCUUGGAAACGAGGCCUUUUAUGGGAAGAACCAUCAGGCUAUGUAUGACGAGAUCAAGAAGAUUGACUCAACGCGAUUAAUCCAUUACGAAGGCGACCAAGAGGCUAAGACAGCAGAUAUUUUCAGUCGAAUGUACACCUCAGUAGACUCGAUGAUCAAAUAUGCGGAAGAAGACACAUGGAAUAAGCCAUUCGUAAUGUGCGAGUUUGCCCAUGCCAUGGGCAACGGACCUGGCGCUGUUCGAGAGUAUAUCGAGGCAUUUUACAAGUAUCCCAGACUCAUGGGCGGGUUCGUGUGGGAAUGGGCGAAUCAUGGGUUACUGACUGAGACUAAGGACGGUCAGAAGUUCUACGGCUAUGGCGGUGAUUUCGGCGAUGACCCAAAUGACUACAACUUUGUCAUGGACGGUCUUUGCGACUCUCAACAUUUCCCCGGCACAGGACUAGCAGAAUAUAGUAAAGCUAUCGAGCCUGUGCAAGUCCUAAGCAUCGACGGCGGUCAAGUCAAGAUUAUCAAUCGCUACGACUUCCUCACUCUAGAUCACCUUGAAUGCUAUUUUGAGAUCAUCUCUGAUAGGUAUCAACAGAUCGAGCGGAACAUUCCCAUCCCACAAGGCGUCAAGCCGCAUACCGAAGCCACCCUGACUCUUGGCGGGCUUUUUACAACCCUGACGACAGGUUUGACAGAGGCUUGGUUACAAUUAAACUUCACAGCACGGCCUGAUUCGAAAUGGGAGAUUCCCAAUCGCGUUGUAGCCCGUGGCCAGAUUCAACUCACCCCGCCCAAAUCAUUAGCCCAGCUCAAAAUGUUAGCGUCGCCAUCUACAAGCCGUCCAACGAUCCAACGUAAAGACGACUUCAUCUACGCGACGAUUGCAAACGGCACAACUUUCGGCUUCGACACGCGCACGGGAGAGUUGUCUUCCCUGACGAAAGUCUCGAACCCGCAGCUAAACCUCCUGACCGUCCCCUUCGCACUGGACUUCUACCGCGCGCUAACAGACAAUGAUCGCGGCGGACCCUUCGGGAAACAAUGGCUCGAUGCCCGCUUACACCAGACCCGAAACCAUUUCAAGCAAAUCCGCAUCGACGAGACAGACACAGACUGCACCAUCGAAGUCAAAAGCCGGGUCGCACCACCCGUUCUCGCCUGGUGCGUAGACGCCACAACAACAUACACCAUAACCAGCACACACUGCAGUGUUCGCGUCCAAGCGCGACCCCAAGGCCGUCUUCUCCCAGAGACCUUCGCGCGCUUCGGGCUAACCUUCGGGCUGCGCAAGGAGCUGGCCAUCGUAGAGUGGUUCGGGCGCGGGCCGAUGGACUCGUACGUCGACAAGAAGCGCUCGCAGUUCAUGAACACGUGGGGCAUGCAGGCGAGCUCGAUGCUCUACGAGUACGAGUUCCCGCAGGAGGUCGGGAACAAGAUGGACGUCCGCUGGGUCGAGCUCCGCGAGCAAUGGGGCGACGAGGAGGAGGGCCGCUUGCUGCGGGCGCGCUUCGGGGACCAUGACGGCGCUAGUUUUGCCGUCAUGCCGUAUACGGCGAAAGACAUCGACGAGUCCACGCAUCCGCAUGAGUUAAGGGCGCGGAAGCGUGAUGAUUAUAUUGUUCGCCUGGACUGGUUCCAUCAUGGUCUGGGCACGGGGAGCUGUGGGCCUGCGACGCUGCCUGAGUACCAGCUCAGGACUGAUCGCGAAUUUGAUGUUGAGCUUUUGCUUGACUAAGGAAACUAUAACUACUUUUAUCCUCAUACUUAGUAGGCGUUACCGGAUUUUUGGCACAGGAUGACAUAACAGGAUUGCUUAGUUAGCCUUACACAUUUACACAUAGCAUCUUCUCUUUCAGUCUAGUAUAGGAUACAAAAUAUCACAAUCGAAUUUGAAAC